CUGGGCGCCUGGCAGCCUGGGCAAAACGGGACACGAUAACGAGACGGGAAGGGAGGAGAAGCCGAGGGAUUCAAGGCGAAGAGGAGAAGAUGGCGGCGAAGCGCGAGACCGAGUCGGACGGCGAAGAGCUCGGCGGCGAGGCCUCCAACCCUGUCAGCGGUGGCGGGACUCCGCCGCCCCUAGCCGCAGCUCCCGUCGUCUGCCUCCUCCGCUCCGCCGGGGACUUCGCCGGCGGCGCCUUCGUCGGAUCCAUCGUCGGAUAUGGACAAGGCCUGAUCACUAAGAAAGGUUUCAAGGGCUCAUUCAGCAAUGCUGGGUCCUCUGCUAAGACUUUUGCAGUUCUAUCUGGUGUCCAGAGUUUGGUUGUGUGCUUGCUGCGAAGGCUGCGUGGGAAAGAUGACAUUGUCAAUGCUGGUAUAGCUGGUUGUUGCACUGGCGUUGCUUUGAGCUUCCCAGGAGCACCGCAGGCGUUGCUUCAGAGCUGUGCCACCUUUGCAGCGUUCUCUUGCAUCAUGGAGGGGCUCAACAAGCAGCAGGCUGCAAUGGCUCACACACUUGGCACGACUGCAUUGAUGGUUGCGCAUGAUAAAGGAGGUGUUCUGCCCCCAUUCACGCUUCCACCAAUUCUGGAUGCAUCGGAUGCUUUAGCUUCAUGCUGCCAAGCCUUAGUAAAGCCUAAGCACUAGACUACAGGAUAGGGGAGAGACAGGCUGAAGAAAGUUAGCUUCAGUUUUCAGUUCUUUAUUAUGUUGACCUAGCAUAUCUGCAUAUGUAAAUUUUGCUUUUGGACAAGCUGUGGAACGUGCCUAAAACCUAGUUUUGCUUCGAGUAACUGGACAGGUUUUCUUGAUGUGUUGAUGUUGCGAAUUU